AUGACAGCAGAAAUAAUAAAAGCCGUUAAAGAACCUGGAUUAGAAAUGCUUCAUCUGAUCUGUAAUAAAAUAUGGCACACAGGAGAAUGGCCCGACGACUGGACACACUCCACCAUUGUCACUCUCCACAAGAAAGGGAGCAUACAUAUAAGUGCAGCAACUAUCGUACAAUUUCCCUCAUCUCACAUGCCAGUAAAGACAACCUUAGCGACCAUUCCACGUAAAAAAUCCUCCUCCGUAGAGGCGGGCACAGCCGGUGCCGGACCCGCUGCCGCAGCGGCCUCUCGAGGAGGAGGCAAAGGCCCGCUGGCUUGGACCCGGUCGCUCACCUCUAGCGCUUGCCGGAAGGGGGAUCUUCAUAAACACAAGCGGGCUGCGUCCGUCGCUGCAGUCGAAGUAGGUGAGGAGGCGGCGCUGGUGCAGACGGGCGCCGUCUCCUCCCUCAAGGAUAAAGCAAAUGAAAAGGCAAAUAUUGGCAGUAGCGAACAAAAAGUUCAUCAAGGACCCUCGACAACUCUCUUUGACAAAAUCGAUAAUAUAGAAUUUAUCGAUCAGUCCGCAUCCCAAGAUGUAUCUAAAUUAAAUAAAGGUUAUCACACGCUGGAUGCUGAUGCCGAUUUUAACGAAGAUGAUGUGUUUAAAACGCCUACUAAUAAGCUACAAAAAAGUAAAGUUAAAGCGAAAACUUCGAGCAGUAAGAAGAAAACCAAAAAGAAUAAAAAUUUAAGAUCCGAUACGCCAAAUCCAGAAACCUCUCACAAAAAAGCGACUUCGGGAGAACAAGUUACCACCAUAGAAACGGUUACAACGGACAUCGAAACCACGAAAAUUGUGACGACAACUACUAGCUUAAAUCGCUACACUUUCAUGAAACUGAUGGACGAACAGAACGCUAUAGAUUUUCACUCGGAGAAAAAGAACAGGACUCACAGCUGUAGCAGUAUACCCUAUGACAACAUCAUCGAUAACCUGGCACCGUUCAGGAAAAGGUUUUGUAACGUUCAGUUGUUUGGGAGGUCUAAUGAGAACGAUUUUCCGUGGAUAGGAUCGGAUUCAGACGUACGUCAAAUCGUUGAGUCGGUGUUGAAUUAUAUUUUGGAUAUGGCAGUAGAUAUAAUUGAAAAGAACCAAUUGUUACUGAAAGCAAAGGACAAUAAUGAACCUAAAAAUAAGCCUAAAUCAAAUGAAGGAGAAAUUCCAAAAGAAACAUUUUCCGAUUUCGGAUAUAAGUCGAGAAUUCGUUGUAACACAGGAAAUAUUUUACCUAACCUCUAUCAAAAACCAACGAAAGCGCCAUCUAGCGAUAAUUUAAUAGAUGCGAAGAAUUUCGUUGAGGAUUACGAGGAAUAUCACGAUUCCUGUUGUGAAAUGGCAGAUUCCCAAGUAGCUGUGAAUCAGAUUAUCAAGGACCUUAGUGAAAACUUCGAAAAGGAGAUAACAGAAAGGCAACGUCACCAGAAAAAGAAAGAUAAAUUUGUCAAACACGGCGGCGUUACCACAAUGAUAGCCAUCGAGACCGAUUCAAACGCCGAAGACGAUAUUGAUCUACAACAAAACAACAUGAUGCUCUUAGAAAUUGGUCCAAUGUACAACAUUCCUAAGAAUCUGUUUCAAAGUGCCGAAAUGACUGAGAUCACUGAACAAACAAUAGAUCGGCAUGAUCAGAACGCGGAGAAUAAUUUGGAUGUUGAGCAACCGCUUGUGGUCAAUUUAGCUGAAAGAAGGGCUAGAACUGAAGAUGACGAUGACGAUGUUUAUAGGCCGAUAGCUGUCAGUCCGGAUGGAAGAUUUUUCAAAUAUGAAGAAGAAAUCGGGCGUGGUUCGUUUAAGACAGUUUAUCGAGGACUGGAUACGCAAACCGGUGUAGCAGUUGCUUGGUGCGAAUUACAGGAAAAGAAACUAAACAAGGCGGAGCGGCAAAGGUUUCGGGAGGAAGCAGAGAUGCUUAAAAAACUACAACAUCCCAACAUCGUGCGAUUUUAUAAUUACUGGGAAAGCCCCGGUACAAAGAAGAAGAAUAUUGUCUUAGUUACUGAACUGAUGCUGAGCGGAACAUUGAAAACGUAUUUGCGUCGCUUCAAGAAAAUCAAUCCCAAAGUACUGAAAUCGUGGUGCCGUCAAAUCCUGAAGGGUUUAGCGUUUCUACACUCUCGAUCGCCACCUAUAAUACAUCGAGAUCUGAAAUGCGAUAACAUAUUUAUUACUGGAACGACUGGAUCGGUUAAAAUUGGGGAUUUAGGAUUAGCUACUUUGAAAAACAGGAGUUUCGCAAAAUCGGUUAUUGGUACUCCAGAAUUUAUGGCGCCGGAAAUGUAUGAAGAACAUUACGACGAAGGUGUUGAUGUCUAUGCGUUUGGUAUGUGCAUGCUUGAAAUGGCCACCAGCGAAUAUCCUUAUUCAGAGUGCACUGGACCUGGUCAAAUUUACAAGAAAGUUAUAUCGGGCGUUAAACCGGCAAGUUUUGAGAAAGUCCAGAACCCUGAGAUAAAAGACGUGAUAGAAAGUUGUAUCAGGCCUAGAAAAGAAGAUCGGCCCAAGAUUAAGGAUCUUUUACAACAUGUCUUCUUUGAAGAAGAUGUGGGCUUAAAGGUGGAAGUUGUGUCUCAAGAAGAUAAAAAAAUCGUGUUUAGGCUGAGGGUUAUCGAUCCAAAAAAGAGAACCCACAAACAUAAGGAAAAUGAAGCUAUACAAUUCGAGUUUGAUACCCAAACCGACAAAUACGAUGCAAUUGCCGAAGAAAUGGCAAAAUCGGGAAUAAUAUUUGAAGAAGAUGCCAAAAUGGUUUCUCAGUUACUGAAAACUCAAAUAGUUCAGAUCAAUAAAGAGCGUGAAAAGCAGAACAAAGAAAACGAAGUCUUGGCACAGCAAUAUCAACAAUACUUACAACAAGUUGACCAAAUUACUCAACAACAACCGCCACAAAUCAACCAAAGUCAACAGAAUACACAGUCUCAACAGCCACUUCAGCCUGCCUCUCAGUAUCAACAACCUGGUAUAAUUCAACAGGACCCGCCUGCAUAUCAAUCAAAAAGUCUUACUUCUGAUUUACAUCAAUCCGCUCAGUCUGUAUCGUCGUUAAUACCACAAGAUAAUCAACAAGAGAAUAAAGAUAUGAUGUAUUCACAACCGAGCACACAGCCACAAUUUCCCGAGCCUCCACAACAACCGUCGCAAGUACCUUCUGUCCAACCACAAGAACCGCCUUCUCAGUUUGUUGAUCCGUUGCAAGGUACCAAUCAAGUCCAGUCUUGUUCGGCUAUUCUUCAGCGUCAAACUUCAGUUGAUCCUGAUAUGCAAUCGCAAACAAUUGUCCAUAAAGAAAGUGCGUCUGCUCAGUUUAUGCAUCAGAAUGUUGUUCAGGAAGAUGUAGUUCAGCAUGGAGAAAUUUUGCAGGGAGAAACUGAGCCAGAUGUACCCGAAACCCAACCUAUUUCACAGACUGAUUUGUUUCAUCCUGUAACAAGCUCCAACGAUUCGAAUAGGUUAAACAUGGACGGUCGAAUAGAAGUGCCACAAAUCAACCCAAAUCUUCAACAAGAAAACUAUGUUCAUCAGCAACAGGGGUAUGCACCGCAACAUUCCCAACCUUAUCAGCAGUAUCAGCAAAUUGAGACUCAGCCAGACUUGCAGGCGCAGCAGCAAUUUAUUCAGCAGCCAUAUCCGCAUCAGCAACAACCUCCAAGCUCUCAGCACCAGAAUAGCGAACAACAAACUUAUCAGCAACCAAGUCAACAAGAUAUAUUACCUAAUCAGCAGCAACCUCAAGCAGCCUUUAGUACUCCAUCCCUUUCGCAAGCUAGUUUUACCCAGCCGCCCGAAGGUCAACAUAGUUACAGUGAACCACAGUACGUAACCCCUAUCGAUCAUCAACAGGAACCACCUAAGUUUAUGCCACAACAAAGCAUUGAUCAGCCAGUCUAUCAGCAGCCUCAGCAUCAAUUUGUCCAGCCUCCACAGCCACAACAGCAGCCAAAUGAGAGCGCUGCUCAAGAUGUCAAUCAACAGCAAUGUCAGCAAAUAGAUAAUAGUGCUCAAGAGGUGCAUGAACAACAGCAAUGCCAGCCUAUAGGUCAUAGGUUAUCUACCACAGACAUUCCUCCGAUGAACCUAGAACAGUUGCAGCAGAAAUUAGCAGCUCAACAUUUAAAGGACCAGCACAGAGCCUCUACUACUUCUUUACCUCCGAUGACUACUUUUGAUUCAUCUGCCCAAGAUCACAGGCGACAUUCAACUGUUUCGCAACCAGCAUGUCCCCAAGAAUACAAUAAUUUACACCAACAAAUCAUUCCUGAAGGGCAGGUACAAGACUUCAGCCAACUGUCAAGUGCUAAACAGAUUUCAAAUGAGCAGUUGGAAGCAGUUAUAGAACAAGGUACAGUGAUGGUUCCAACUGUAGAUCAGUUGCCCGCUAAAGAACUGUCACAAGAUACUAUCUCCCCGAACCAGAUUCAACCAGUUAUUGAAGAUUUCGAGCUUUCAGAACAGGACCAGUCCUCCUCGACAGGGAUCGACCCAGACACAUUACCCAAACGUCGAACAAAACGCUCGUCACUACGUCACCGACUCAUAGUCGACUCGGUAUUCUCAGACGGCACCGUAGAAUGCCGCCUGUUAUCGAAACAACGCACUAUAAGCUUUAAGUUCAAUCGUUUGGACACUACGUCGAACGAUAUCAUCAACGGCUUGACCAAACAGGAUCUGUUGAAAUCGGAUCAGCUGGAAAAGUUGCGCGUUCACCUUCAGGACGUUAUGAACGAGCUGAAGUUAAAGCCUAAUAAAAUACCCGAGUGCGCUAGAGAGGGGUCGUGUAAUGGCGACGGGCAAAAGAUAAAGGUUAGACAUGGCUCAUUGACAAGGCACUCUCAUAAAAAGACACACCGGAGACAUAAAUCUAAGGACGAAUCUAGUACCCGACUGCUCGAGAACAAACAGGCCUAUUUAGAAGUGAAUCAAGAGGACUUCCAGUCUAUCAAAACUACAUUGACUGAUACUAUCUAUCAGAAUUUAAGAUGUCGAGAAAGUUUAAACUCGAGUGGUACCGUGUCAAGAAAAACAAGUACCGCAUCCGAAUAUACCCCCGAACAUACGUACAUAACGAAUUCGAACAACAAUAAUAACCAGAAUCCCUUAGAACUGUCGAAUGUCAGUUCAAACAGCGACGAUUACCUGAUCGCUACGACGGACCUUUCUUCGGCACCCAGUAAGAAAAAUAUAUGCAAAGGAUUCAAAGAAGAUAUUCCUGAUCAUGCUGAUACUCUAAAGAAUGAAUUAACGGAGAGUUUAAAACAAAAAGAAUCGCUUCAGCUGGUUCCUGGACAGAAAGUGAAUCUAAAAGUUUUUGUUAUGUCGGUUGGGAAAGACGAAGCUAAAAAUGAAUUAACAGAACCAAAAAUAGAAAUGAAAAAUGAUCAGCUAUCUGCGCCAGUUGAUUCUAAUCCUCCUGAAUUUUUAGGAACAACAUCUCAAGAAACAUUACCGACUAAACAAGAUAAUAAACCAGUCGAAAAAAUUAUUCAAGUUAUCGUUGAAAAAGGAGAAAAAACUACCGAAAAUAAAGAUGAAAAUCUAUCAGUUAGAUCUCCUAAACGAAAAAUCUCUAGAUUCUUGGUUAGUCCAGUCUUGAGUGGACAGUUAGACGUACCAAAAUAUGUAGAGAACGCCGGUUACAAUAGCCAAGAUAAAGGCAAUGCAUUAAAAAUUGAAUUAGAAGCACAAACUUUGGAGAAAAAUGCUUCCGAGAAAGUCAUUUUAUCUCCGACUAUAGUGGAAUAUAACCAGAUUGAUUCUUCUACGUUGUCUCCAAACGAUCAGCUACCAACUCAAGCUACUAGUACUACAGAACAGGUGGUUUUUCAGUCACAUACAAUGCAGCCACCCGAGCAGACGGUACACAAUGUUAAUAUACCAACAAGAAAAAAUUCGGCGCCACUGGAAUGUAUCCGAUUAGACGGAGAGAAGGCUAUGGAACAGAAAAUUAGCGUGUGCAGUUUAAAGGAGGAUAGUACCAUGUCAAAGGGAGAACUUGUAUGCGGUCCUGAAUUGAUCAACACUAUUGAACAACUGAAAAUUAGUUUGGAACAUUUAAAGAACAGUAAUCAUCCGAAGAAAGAAGAAAGUGAGACAAAAAUAGUGUCCAGUACUGUUGAGGUUCCAAUGGUAAACCCUUCAGAAUCUGAACCUCAGACUACUUCCAUACCCUCUAUACUACAAACACCGGAACCUCAAGAAAUGGCUGAGUUUAUUCCGUCUGUGCCGCUUCCUAUGCCUCAGCAACAACAAACUAUAGUAUCUCAGCAACCGUUGCAAGCUAAUUUAUCUUCCCAAAUGUCAGUGGAUAUUUCCCAAGCACAAGUACCGUCCUACGAGCAGGCAAUUUCUACGUUUGGUCAGACUUCUCAACAGUUACCUGCAUCAGAAUCAUUACAAAAUUUGGAGAAUGGACAGAAUGUAAUUCAAAUAUCCCAACAGCAACAAUUUGUACCUCAGGAAUUAAUUGAUCAAUCCUCCAUUUCAAACCAAGACAUUGUUACUGGCCACUGUGUUUUAAAAGAUUCUCUAACGCACAUUGAAAGAACUAGUCAACCGUCCACUCCUCAACAAGAAGUUAAGGAUGAUGCAAGUUUCUAUAAUGAUGUUCAAAAUAAACCAGUAACAACACCAGCUCCAGCUGUACAGAAUUUAACGCUUGGAGUAGAAAUAAGUAGUACUACCGCCUCUUCAGAUGUUCUUUCCCCUGUCCGGGAGUUGGGCCAACAAAAUAUGAAUAGUAUUCCAAUGGGUAUCAUUUCUGAGGCUCCCGAAUCAACAAAUAAUGACCUAUGGGACUUAAACGGCCAACUAAAAAAUAUUAACGAAAAACAACAGAUCAUUGACAAUGCUGCUCAGUUGCAAAUGCUUCAGAAAACCACAGACACUGAUGAAAUUAAAAAUCAAGUAAUACAUGAUGCUGGACAUAGUGUUAACCAGGCUCUGCAAGAUUCGUCAAAAUCUUUUCCAAUAGAGAAUGAACGUAUUAAUCAAACGCUCGUAGAUGCUACAGGAUUAAAUCAGAUUUCUCCCGAGUCUCCUGCAAUAGAUCAAACCAUUUUUACUACCACUGCAACUAAUGCAAAUGCAUUUUUUGAACAAACAAGUGGUCAAAUUCCAGACGCUGGCCAAGUAAAUAGUACUGUAGUGAGUAAACCUCAAAUUCAAACAGUGUCGUCAGCCCAAGGACUUCCAUUGAAUACCAAUCGUGAACCGAUAAAUGUGUCUCAAGAAGGACACGCAUUUGAGUCUCCACAAGGACCAGAUUUUACCACUGUUAUCAAUACGACGUUUGAUUGCUUGAAAACGACGCUGGUUAAAUCGUUACCAAAUACGGGAGGUGAAAUAGCAUCGGAAGAUGGGGAAGAAAAGUCUCAAGUUACAGAGGAAACAUUCGAAGAAAUGCUCAACCGACAGAAAGCCGAACUAAAUGCUCUGAUGGAAGCUCACAGACGGCAACAGCUAGAGUACAUGGGCAAAUACAAGAGACAAAAAGACCGAGAAGACACGUAAUAGUUUUUCGUGAAAAAUUUUAAUUAUUUUUUUAUCUAAGAAUGCGAGAAGUAUCGAAGGAUAAGUAGUGAAAAUAUUGUGAGAAUGAAGGCUGUAUAAUCCUAAUAGUCAAGAUCCGGCUGCAGGAUUAUUACGCUCAUCAUGUUUUUAAUGAAAACCCCUAUUUACGUAUAUUUAUGAAUAGGGGAAUACACUUUUAACAGGCUGCCAAUCAAAAAGUCGCCGCAAAUAGGUGUUGUCACGGUUCAAAGUUUUUCCUGUUUGGUUUGGUUUGGCAACCUAAAGUAUGUAUUAGCAAACCUAAAGUAUGUAUUAGGAUGUAUUUCGGGAAAAUACUUUAACUUCUACAGGGUGGCUCAAAAAAUUGUGAGUGGAUCGGGAUGAUUUUUUAAAUGGAAUACCCUGUAUAUUCUGCAUUUUCGGCUUCCUUUCUUAUCACUUUAUAUAUUCCUAAGAUAUUAUUAUAUUAUUAAAUAAUGUUUUGCUAGUUUCGGAAAUAUGUAUUAAUAAGUAAAAAAAUGUUUUUCAUCCUUUUAAAAAAAAAUAUUAAAAAUACACAAGAAAUGUCCUGAAAUUAAAACUACUAGGUAUUUACGCAGACAGUAGUAUCGACUGACUAGUGAUAAAUAAAAUCUAGGAACUAGUGGGGUUGCAGUCAGAAGGGUUUGGACUAAAAUUAAUAUACUUUGUUAACGGUCAAGCUUUCGGAAUUUAUUUAUUCCAUCCUCAGGACACUGAAAUGGAAAUACAUGUUACAGAAAAAGCUAUAAAAGUCAAGUAGCAUGAACUUAUUCAACGUGGUAAAAAAGCUUCUCUAAAAACUACAUUAAAAAUAGGCUUUAAGGAUACAUUGAAGACUCCACAGUAAAAUCAUCACUGACCAGUCAACCACAUUAUGGCGUAUCAUGGGGCGAAUAAACCGCCUGAUUAUUAAUUAAAACAUUGGAAA